GUGAAGCCCGUGCCCGGAUGGCAACAGUAGUUCUAGGGGGAGACACCAUGGGCCCUGAACGGAUCUUCCCCAACCACACGGAGGAACUGGGGCCACAUCAGGGCCCUACAGAAGGAACUGGGGAUUGGAGCAGCGAAGAACCUGAGGAAGAGCAGGAAGAAACAGGGGCAGGCCCCGCGGGCUACUCCUACCAGCCCCUCAAUCAAGAUCGUGAACAGGAGGAGGUGGAAUUGGCACCAGUGGCUGAGGGAGAAGAUGUAGUUGCUGACAUCCAAGACCGGAUCCAGGCCCUGGGGCUUCACUUGCCAGACCCACCACUAGAGAGUGAAGAUGAAGAGGAGGAGGGGUUGUAGCACUAAGCAGCCACAGCUCUAUUCCCAUGGACC